CUCACACCUUCCAUGCUUGGGGAAAUACAUUUUACCACGUCACCACACUCUAAAGUGAUGAAAAUCCUAUUUUAACACUUGUUAAAAAGAGAAGCACAUGCCAAAUUUGACAAUAGAGAUGUUUGUGAAAAUGUGUUUUUGUUGCUCUCCAAGUUGUACUUUAAGAAUUGGCCCGGCCACCGUGAAAUAGUAGGCGACAGGAAUGCGGCCCACCAGCAAAGUUUUGCUUCGCAAUAAUAGUUCUACAAUCUUGCAUGCUGUUACGAUAGCCAACACGAACAUCUCUCUACCAUUGUAGUUUCAUAGCACUUGCAAGCAGUGUUGUCCCCCCAAAAAAACAAUAGAGGUCGCUAUUGUCCAGCUGAAAAGUCGCUAGAGGGCAUCACGUGACCUUACGUAUGACGUUGCAUAUGGCGUCACAUCAUCACGCAAGACGCUGAUGUCUAGGAGCAGCCAGGCUGCAGCCGCCCUCCAUCACACGGCGAAAGUGACACAAGUAUUCGUAUAACCAAUACAGUACGAACGGGGACAGCUAGUGAUAUAUUAGAGCUAGAUACUUUUUGAAGUUUAGAGCUAAACUGCUGCCCUGCUUGACCGUGGGAAAUGCGUCAGGCGGCAGGGGAGUUACAAUUAGGUUGAAAAACGAACAAUAAUUGCGUUCGUGGAAUACAAAUGGGCACAGCUAGUGCUAGUAGAGCUAGCUACUUUUUGGAUAGCUCAGAGCUUACACAGCCGUGCUUGACCGUGGAUAUAACUAACGCUUCAGACAGCAGCGGAGUAACAAAAAGGUUGAGAAACAAUGACUUUGUUAGUGAAACUGCGAGUUUUGAAAAGUAACCAGCUUAACCAAAAGUAAUUUACGUCGCUAGAUGAAGUGUUAGUCGCCAGGGACGGUCAAAAGUAGCUAAAUCCUAUUUGGCAACACUUGUCUCAAGUGCAGAACAGGGAGCAGCGGUACUGCAGACUUACUUCAGUUCUUCGAAAUUGCGACAUGGGCCAGUAUUUGGGAGAUAGCUCAAAAUAUAACUUGUCUGCUUGCUGAACAUGCGUUACAUCUCCGUAAAUAACAGUAAGUAAUAAUUUUCCAUGCCGCCGGGAUGUUGGCUCACCAAUGGAACGGAACGUUGAACUGUUGAGAUUAGCUUCCUCGGUUCCUAGCUAACCACUCUAAUAGCUAAUAGCUAACGGUUUGCAGGUUUCAUUUCAAUUCAUAUGCCCAGUCGAAGAGAUAUGACUGUCUGACCACCCGUAAUACACUCAGAGUUUAGAAUAGAGAAUCGUUGAUACACUGUCACUGGAAAACGGCAAUUAACCUUGAUAUUAUUCUCUGGAGAUUAGAAAAGGUGCAUUGACUGACCUGGUGAGACGGGCAGAGAUUGUAGCUGCAGGGGCUACAAUCUCUGUGAUGUUAGCUGAUCAGGGAGAAACUUCAGUGGAAGCAGUGCUCGCCAAACCAAAGUGUAGUUCGAAGACGAUAUCGCAGGGAUGCUCAGAUGAAGCGCUCGCCAAAAGAUGUCGCCCAGAAAGAAUUCAAAAGAUGCGUUUUUGUCGCUAUAUUGAACCUACCCAUGGACGCUUGCCAAUCAGAUUUAAUCAAAUACCAAACAUACUUGGCCUUCUCCAGUCAGCGUGCAAUGUUAUGAUAACAGUUUCGAAGACCCCGCCUUUGGACAUGGUAUGGAUGCAUCGUUUCUCACCUGGCACCACAUUUCGACAUAUUCGGUGAGACAGCCAUUAUUAUUUUUAUAAGACAUUUACAUGUGCAUAUUCUUUGUGUAACGUUGCAACUAACAGAAGUACCGUUUUGUUUUAGAACAAGAAUGGCAUCAAGAAUGCAAUCUUCGGGACAAGCUCAUCCAACGGUCCUUAUUGUUGGCGACAGCUACAUUCGCCGUGGGGAGGAGAGAGCAAGGACAACCCUGGGGAGAAAUCUGGGCACCUGUGCCCAGAUUGAGUGGCUUGGCUUGGGCGGAAUGAGGUGGCACUCGAUUGUCCCUCGCCUCAUGAAUUGGCUGAGAGGAAGAUUUCCUCCGGAUGUCCUGCUGAUUCACUGCGGCGGGAAUGACCUGGGGAAACUCAGGUCUGUGGCCCUCGCUGCGGCGAUGAAGCGGGAUUUACAGUACCUCCAGCAGCGUUUCCCCAAAAUGUUGAUUGGAUAUUCGGCCCUCACCCAGAGACGCUGCUGGGGUCCUGUACGUCCGAAGAAAAUCGAGCGCUCUCGAAAGUGGGUGAACAGUGAAAUGGCUACCUUUGUUUUGGGGCUGAACGGGUUUAUUGUGCGUCACGAUGGCAUACGCCAUUACAUGCCGGAGCUGUUUCUUAGGGAUGACGUUCAUAUGUCCGCUAGGGGCAAUGACAUUUUUUUAAAUUCUUUUGUAGACUGUCUGAGGGCUUUAUUUGCAUAGGGGUGAAAUGGAAAUUCUGCUCUACAGCAGCCAAUUGGCAAUCAGCUCCGGCUUGCAAAACUGUGUGUGAUUGUUGGUGCACCUUUGGGUAUAGACAGCAUUUAUCACAUUGGUAGCCAUGGUACUGUUCAUUUCGACUGAAAUUAAUCAUACAUGUACCCCCAUCUUAAUUACCCCCACCUUCUGAUUCAGUGGUCUUCAACCUUUAAUGAACAAAAAUCCCUUGGCCUGAUCACCAACCUCCCAAAACCCCCUUGACCUCAUCAUAAGCCUGACAAUGCCCCCCUUAGUAUUAAAAAAAUAAAUGGACUAGUACCCCCCAAUGGCAACGAAGCACCACCCCAUUUCAGCUGUAUGCUUCUCAACGCCCCCCCUAGAGCUCCCCAACGUCCCCUGGGGGCCUGUACCAUCCACGUUGAGAAACACCAUUCUAAUUGAAUAUGUAGCCACCCAUCCACCUGAGCCAAACACUCAUCUCCUCCGGGUUGUCCUAUCUGCCUCUCCCCACGGCGAAUGUAGCUUCAACACAAUAAUUGGAGCUCACACAACCCCUUUAAACAUCUUCAGAGGCGCCAGUCUCUCACGUCAUCAUUAUGGAUUGAAGGCUGGUGAUCCUUCUCAACAACCAUGAGUAGUCAUCUUCACCCAACCACUUCGCCUGCCUGCACCAGUGUUGCCUCCAUCCAGGCCGUAUGACACCGAUGCCACCAGUGCCUUAUCCAACACUUAACUACAGCUCCCCACUGCAAAUUCCACCUGGGAUGUUGCGGAAGACUGUCACCAGCACCGUCUCAUCUGUACUAUCCAAGACUGAUCUCAUCUCGGCUGUUCCGCGGCCCAAGAGAUGCUCCACCUCGUACAGCUGUGAUGUGACAUCUGUACUAUCCAAGACUGAUCUCGUCCCGACUGUUCCGCUGUACAUAAGCUACUUUCUCCAUAUGGAGUAGUCAUCUUCACCCAACCACUUCGCCUGCCUGCACCAGUGUUGCCUCCAUCCAGGCCGUAUGACACCGAUGCCACCAGUGCCUUAUCCAACACUUAACUACAGCUCCCCAUUGCAUAUUCCACCUGGGAUGUUGCGGAAGACUGCCACCAGCACCGUCUCAUCUGUACUAUCCAAGACUGAUCUCAUCUCGGCUGUUCCGCUGUACAUAAGCUAGUUUUUCCUUAUGCAGUAGUCAUCUUCACCCAACCACGUCCCCUGCCUGCACCAGUGUUGCCUCCACCCAGCCUCUGUGACACCGAUGCCACCAGCGCCUUUCCAUCAGCAGUAGUCAUCUUCACCCAACCACUUCCCCUGCCUGCACCAGUGUUGCCUCCACCCAGCCUCUGUGACACCGAUGCCACCAGCGCCUUUCCAUCAGCAGUAGUCAUCUUCACCCAACCACGUCCCCUGCCUGCACCAGUGUUGCCUCCACCCAGCCUCUGUGACACCGAUGCCACCAGCGCCUUAUCCAACACCUAACCACAGCAGAUUCCACCUGGGAUGUUGCAGAAGACGCUGGCCUGCCACCAGCAUCGUCUCAUCACCCAGGGAUCCUGACGCCUUGGGCACCUGCCUCGUCCAUAUCAGCCCCCACCACCAUCACCAGCCCUGCCUCCACCUCCGUCAUUGUUGGCAUAGGUCCCAAAUGACUUUUCUGUAGAACUGCAAUGGUGUGUUGAUAUUGCAAUACAAGCACAUCAGUGGAGAGCAAUAUUUCUGUAGCAUGCCAUAGUUGUGUCCACAUAUAUUACUUAUUGUCAUAAUACUGCAUUUCAUAACUCAUACUAUGUAAUUGAAGGGCCAUUCAGAUGUCAAUAUACUUGCAAUGCAUGUUUUCAGGGCUUCAUAUGGUAAAUGGUUUAAUUGAGGGGCCUUUUGUUGAUACCAUUUUUUUUGUUGUUGACACAAUGUGUCAGUCGGAUGUUUUUGGGGACCCUGUGCUUUAUUACACACAAUGCUUUUUUUCCCUAUUGGGGCCUGUUACGCAUAUCAGGGAUGAAUCUGAAAACCUUUGGGCCCGUACAGCAAUAACCACCACCACCACCAUCGCUGCUGCCCCCCAACACCAUUGCCACCACCAUCACUGGAAAGCAGGACGCAAGGGGCCCAGAAGGCAAAGAGGGAGGAGCAUGAUGUUGCACAAUACGUCUGUAUGGCAAGGGAGGGCUGGGGCUCUUCCUAGAGUGUUAUAGUUGUACUCCAUAAUAAAAUGAAUACAUUUGAUUGUGCCAA